AUGACACUCCGUCUACUGGCAUCGAGCUUACUCGCUCUGAGCGCAACGCUCGCCAACGCCAGCCCAGACGACGAACAGAUACCUCUCGCCGACUACCGUCGCAUAUGUCCCGACUAUACACGAUAUGCUGCAUUCCCUCAUCGACCCUUCAGUACAGGCCCUAAAGCGCUUCCCUACCAACGACCGGCCAAACAAUGUCGGACGUUUCAGUCAGAUGCGAUCGAAAAGGUCAUUGAAGACGUAACAUCGCGCAUGAAAGAUCCAGAUCUGGCACGACUGUUUGAAAACGCAUUCCCUUCAACGACAGAUACGACGGUCAAGUUCCAUACCAAAGGAAAGACGGAUACUGGCUUCUUUCGCAUGGGAAGCUUUGGAGGAUUCCACGAUGAAGGAGCUUGGGAGGGGCCACAGUCAUUCAUCAUCACAGGUGAUAUCAUCGCCGAAUGGCUGCGCGAUUCGACAAACCAGCUACGGCCUUACCAACCGCUUGCUAAGAAGGACCCUGCCAUACAUACGCUGUUACUCGGCGCCAUCAACACUCAGGCCGAAUAUGUGAUCGAAUCUCCAUACUGCAACGCCUUCCAGCCACCACCUAUCAGCGAUCUUCCCGUCUCGUCUAAUGGACAAGAUGACAAUAUUCACCCCGCAUACGAGCCUCGAGCUGUCUUUGAGUGUAAGUACGAGCUCGACUCUCUGGCGCAUUUCCUCGCCCUUGGCAACGAUUUCCACGACCACACGGGCUCGACAGACUUCGUAAACAAGCGAUGGUUGCGAGCUGUUGAUACGGUUCUGAACGUGCUCACAGAACAGUCCAAGUCGACUUUUGACCCUAAAACUGGCGAAUUUCAGCGAAAUGAAUACACCUUCUCACGUCGCACCGAUACGGGAACCGAGACUCUCAAUCUGAGGGGCGUCGGUAACCCCUUGAACUGGGGCACAGGAUUGGUUCGCUCAGCCUUCAGGCCUAGUGAUGAUGCUACCAUCCUAGGUUUCUUUAUUCCUGCCAACGCACAAAUGUCUGUCGAGCUGAAGCGAGCAUCCAAAAUGCUUGCGGCAGCUGGCAAGACAACGCUUUCUCAAAAAUUGGAGUCGUGGAGCUCAAAGCUGCGUGAAGGUGUUAUGGAGCACGGUGUUAUCAAACACAAGAAGUACGGGGAUGUUUUUGCGUACGAGGUUGAUGGCUACGGUUCAUCGAUAUUGAUGGACGAUGCGAACUAUCCUUCACUACUGGCGCUUCCUCUGAUGGGAUUUUGCGAAGCCAGCGACCCCAUUUACCAAAACACUAGAAAGAUGCUGUUGGAGAAGAGCGGAAACCCUUACUACCUAGAAGGAAAGGGCUUCAAGGGUAUCGGAGGACCUCAUAUCGGACUUCGUAAUGCCUGGCCAAUGAGUCUUCUAGUGCAAGCUCGAACUUCGGACAACGAUGAAGAGAUCAAGGAAUGCAUCGACCUUGUCCUCAACUCUGCAAAACUGGGCUUGGUUCAUGAGAGUAUUGAUGUUGAGCAUAUUAGCCAGUAUACUAGAAGUUGGUUUGCGUGGGCCAACGGUGUAUUUGCUUCUACGAUUCUUGACCUAGCGAAGAGGAAGCCGCAUUUAAUCUUUGGCGAAGGUGCUACGGCGUACGAGAUUUGA